UCUUCCAGUUACUUCGUGGGAUGAUUAAAUACCAUCAAAUGUUGAACAUUGGAGCUUUCUACAUAUGGACCGGUUUCCGACCCGUAGUAUUUGCAUUUUCACCAGAAUUUUUUGAGGCUAUAUUAAAGAACCCAAGCAAUCUUCAGAAAUCGUUUGGUUAUACAUUUCUGUCACUGUGGUUGAAAGAAGGCUUGAUUGUAAGUGAAGGCAACAAAUGGAAACAAAGAAGAAAAGCAAUCACUUCAGCUUUCCACUUCCGGAUCUUGGAAGAUUUCGUAAGCGUAUUUGACUGCCAGUCCAAUUUCAUGAUUAAAAAACUAAAGGAAGCUACAGCUGGAGGAAAGGUCGUGGAUAUCGUCCCUUACACCACUAAGUGCACCCUCGACAUAAUAUGCGAAACUUCUAUGGGAAUCAAACUCAGAGCUCAAGAUGACGGCGAUGCAGUUUACUUGACAAGUAUGCACAAGGUCUGUGAAGCCUUUAUAUCGAGGUUACUUAGGCCAUGGCUCUGGCCUAACUGGAUAUAUUUUAACACUCAUGAAGGGAAAAUGUUCAAAGAAAACAUCUUUGCAAUGGACAAGUUUACCAGGCAAGUAAUACAGGAAAAAAAAGCCGAAGUUUUAUCCAAAUUACAAAUAGGCGAAGAAUCAGGAUCUGAAAAGAAAAGAAAGGUUUUCUUAGAUUUGCUUUUGGAUCUGCAUUUAUGUGACCCAGAAAAAUUUACUGAAGAAGACAUUCAAGAAGAAGUAGAUUCCUUUAUGUUUGCUGGUCACGACACCACUGCUGUUGGGACAAGUUGGACACUAUAUAUGAUAGGACUGUAUCCCGAAGUGCAAGAAAAAUUAAUCGAGGAAAUAGAUGCAGUUUUUGGAAAUGAUAUAAAUAAGCCGAUCACCGAAGAUUGCCUGCGAGAACUAAAGUAUUUAGAAUGUGUUAUUAAAGAGUCACAGAGGAUUUAUCCUCCAGCACCCUUCAUAGCUCGGCACACACAAGAAGACGUAGAAAUUGAUGGUUUAAAAAUUCCCAAAGGUACAACAUGUAUGCUGGUCAUUUACAUGUUACAUAGAAACAAAGAUAUGUUUCCGGAUCCAGAAACUUUCGAUCCAGAUCGCUUUCUUCCAGAGAAUUCUAUAAAAAGGCAUCCAUUUGCGUACUGUCCAUUUUCUGCUGGACCAAGAAAUUGUAUAGGUCAGAAAUUUGCAAUGAUGGAAGAGAAAACUAUGAUUGCAAACGUUCUGAGACAUUUCAGAAUCCAGUCCAUGGAGCAGAGAGACAAACUGAAACUGGCAGCAGAAAUGGUUUUAAGGUCAAGAAAUGGCAUCAAGGUCAAAUUAAUUCCACGGAGAUGAAAACAAACUGCAUUUAUAUUUUAUUUAUACAUUUCUUAACAUUCCGGAAGAUAAUAUAAAACGCAUAAGAGAUUAAAUUUGUGGAAACUGUGUAUGAUAUUGGUAAAGUAAAACUGGCGACAUCUGAGAAUAAGUUUGAGAGAAGUAAUGCCAGAUGAAUAAAAAAAGUGGUAUUUUAUGGUCAGAAAACAAAAGAUUGCCUUAUUAAGCACAGAAAAAUCUCCCCGUGCUUCUAAAGGAAAGUAAUGAAGAAUUUUCUGAGUUUAUAUCAUGAAGCACAUCUUAUAAAACGGAGUAAUUUCUGUAAUCGCGAUAGAUAUAUGUAGCACCAUAUGAAGAUAGUCAUAGUCUCAGCAAAAUCUGUUCAAGUUAUGCAAACGCAAUGAACAAUGUUAUACGAGCAUUUUGUAUGUUAAAAGUUGAAAGAACUUCUUUAAAAAGGAUUUUCGUAAAAAGGUAUUUCAUCAAAAUAUUUUCUGAAGAAAGCAUGAUUGUAAAUAUUUCUUGAAAUAUUAGAAAGGUAGGUAAGUGCUCUUUUCAUGGAAAUUUCUAUUUAUACACCGCAUUCACAAUUUAUUUACCCGGCCUUUAUUUUAGCUACUGUUAGUCGCAAUUCCAGUUAGAAAAAGGUUUUAAAUGGCCCCUAUAUGCAUUUGGUUGCACUGUAAAAUUUCACAAAUUCAGUUUUGUAAACGUCCCGAAAAAUAACUUUUAACACGCUGUACUCUCCGCUUUACGUAUAUUUAAGAAAAUGCAAAGCUUCUUGUAAAAAUAAAACACAAAAUGUUUGACUGAUAAAAACUGAUAUCAUAAAAACUGACCGACAUGAUGCCAUUUUCGAUUUGCAUUAAGAGAUAGGUUAAUAAAUAAAUUAGAAUAAUUUAAGGUUUAUUUUUCUCCUUAAAAGCCAAUCAAAGAUAAUUUUUUGUGAUUACUGACCUCUUUAAUUUAUAAUUUGUUACAUUUAGUAUACUCACUAUAUAAAUUUUCGUUUUAAAAUUUAUAAGUUUAAAAUUACGUUAUUAAUAUUCUCGUAAAAAUUUUAUUACUUUAAAUCAGAGUCAUAAUCUAAUAUUUCUUACAAAAAUUUUUUAAACUACUAACUAAACUAAAUUGGAAAUACUGAAGUCUGCCAGCCUUUUCCAGAAAUUUACAUUUACGCACACGCACACACACAUACAAAAAAAAAAAAAAAAAAAAAAAAAAAAAAAAAAAAAAAA